AUGGAGAAGUACAUUAUCCCAAACAAACUCCCAUCGACGGAAGUGAACGUACUUUCGCAUCGCACUAGACGAUUGAGACAAUUGGCAAAACGCACAGAACCCACGCCUGGUGCAAAGAAAAAGCGCACCUCGUUCCGUAAAGUUGGCUCGAUUGUGGCCAAUUCCCGUAUUGCAGACCGCGAUGCCAAGCGCAUAAAGCGUAACUUCUUAAAAAGGGGAAUAUUUUCAAAUGAACAGAAAUUUGAAGAUAACCAUUUAGUUUUGGUAUACCGACAUCGUGGUAAAAACAUCUACAAUAAGGAUGUGAUGAAAACUAUGAUUCGGCUUGGUCUACAAUUCGUGCGUUCCGCCACUUUUCAUCGCUUGACACCCGAAGUGAUUGCCCAGCUUAAAGUUAUAGAACCGUUUGUCAUCUGGGGUUAUCCGAAUAUAACCGUAGUCAGGAAUUUGCUGUACAAAUAUGUGAGAUUACGGUGCGAUAAUACUGGCGAAGAAUCUACAAAACCGGUACCAUUGACCUCGAACAAGCAAGUAGAAGAUCUUUUCGGUUCGCUAGGAAUGUUAUGCGUAGACGAUCUUGUUCACGAAAUCAUGACGGUUGGCCCACACUUUGACGCAGUUCGUGAGAAACUCCGCAGCUUCCUGGUAAAAGACCCUGUCGGUGGAUGGAAAAACGAUGCUCAUAAAGGCAAGCUACGCAGCAUCGGUGGCGAAGCUGGUUUUCGAGGCGAGAAAAUCAACGAGCUAUUCCAGAAAAUACUGUAAAUUGAGAAUAGUCUUAAUUUUCAACUAAAAAACGAUUAGGAGUUCCAUGAAACUACGCUAAUCUACUGGAAUAAUAUAUUCAUGUUUUGUAAGAAACUAUAAGUUAAGGAAAU